AAAAAGGGAGGGCAGGAGGGAGGGAGAGAGAGAGCGAGCGAGCGAAGGAGGGAGGAAACCGGGCAGGUGACACCGCGCUAGGUCGGCUCCGGCUCGGCGGGAGCGGGGCUGGCAGGGGAGGCCAUGCACGUCAAUGGGAAGGUGGCUCUGGUCACCGGCGGGGCGCAGGGCAUCGGCCGGGCUUUCGUCCAGGCGCUGCUGGGCAAGGGCGCCAAGGUGGCCCUGCUGGAUCGCAACUCCGAGGCUGGGCAGGAGAGCAAGGCGGCCCUGGACGAGCAGUUUGAAGCGCAGAGGACGAUGUUCAUCCAGUGCGACGUUACGGACCAGGAGCAGCUGAAAGGUGCUUUCAAAAAGGUAAUUGAACAUUUUGGAAGGCUGGAUAUUGUGGUUAAUAAUGCUGGAGUGAACAAUGAGAAGGACUGGGAAAGCACUAUACAAAUUAACUUGACAUCGGUGAUUAGAGGAACCUACCUCGGCCUAGAAUACAUGAGAAAAGGAAACGGAGGUGAUGGAGGAGUAAUCAUUAAUAUCUCAUCUUUGGCAGAAAGGGAGAAAGCAAUAAGAUGUCCUCCAUUCAACUCCAUAGGAGCACAACUGUAGGAAUACUUAAGAUUAGACUGUGUCUACUUUAUUAGUGAAGACUGUCAUAUUUCAUCAAGUUUAAGCAAGAACAUUCUUUUCUCACUACUUACCUAUGUUAGAACGGUAUUUCAUUUUAUUGGAAUAAAAAUAGAAUACAUGCUUUUUAAGUCAGUCAGGAUUAUUGCUGCUUAGUCACGAGGCAGAAUUCUGCAUCCUUUCCUGUAGGUAUGCUCAACAUUGCAGUGGCUGGGCUCACAGCAAAAAAGCACAACUGAAGGGCAAAUGAAUGGAGAAGGAUGCACCUGACACCCCUCCUCAAAAAAUGUGCAGGGUAAAACCUGUAUUUUCUCUUCUUUGAAGAGUUUGUUUUCUCUUGCUCCUGUCAUACUGUCUGGAAAAAACAAUACAUAUGCUAGCUUACACAUGGAUUGUCAGUGUUCUCUUUGGUAUACAUGCAGAAUACCAAAUGAUAGUAACCUUAUUCUAGGUAUUCCUAUGUGUUUUAACAAUGAAAAACCUCAAAACAGCAGCGGACAUAGUUCCUGAUUGUGGAUAGAUGUGAAUGUUCCAAGUAGUAUUAAAUUCUUCUGUAAACUUAGCUUUUGCAAUGAGAAGUCUGGUAAACCCUAUUGACAUUAUGCAUGUAGAUCUUGAGGAUCUGACUUAAUACAUGCACAUAUCUCAUAUGGACGAGGGGGUCUUUAUAAAGCCUCCAUAUACCUUUAAGCCAGCACUUGCAAUACUGCCUAACACAUUGCUUACUGAUGCCAGUAAGUUCAUCUCUGUUGGCUCAAAUAGACAUUGUAUUAGAACCAGAUUAACCUGAAGGAAACUGCUAUUGCAGUACAAGAGUUCAUCAGCACAAGUAAAAGAUUAAACGUUUUCACAGAAGUGCAGAUGCCCAUGCUGUGCUUAAGAAAGGUCAGAGGUAGCAAAUAGUUUGACUCCUUUUCUAACUAGCCUCAAAUGAACACAAAAUGAUUUUAGGGCUGUUCUCGGUUUGUUAAGAUCUUAAGUGCUGUUUUAAUUAUUUGCUUAAAAUUUGCAUUUAUUUGCUUCCUUUUUUCAACAUUAACAUUGUGCCAUAAUGAUUGUGGGUAUCUGUCAAAAACAAAGUGUUCUCUGCUAUGUUUCCUUUCACAUGGCUUGUAUUUAGCAAUUGUUCCCAAGGUCAUAAGGAAAACCACAUUAUAAAAGCUGACAUACACUAUUUUGUAUAGUUUAUUUAUUUACUACUGUUUGUGCUUUGUGACUCUAAUUCUCCUUUUCAAUCUGGAGGUAUAAGUUUUGUAUUUUAUUCUAUAGAUAAAAUAAAAACUGCCAUUAGCUUGCUUAACAUUA